ACGAAGAAAGAAAGCGCGGAAAGCAGACCAGCUAAAAUGGCGGCUGGGAAGUGGUUCUGCCUUUUCCUAGGUUUCUUAACAUUUACCAUCACCCAAGGAAAUCCCGGAACAUGCUCGGAAAAAACGGGAAACUACGAUAGCGUCCGUCCUGUUCGGUGUACACUUCCUGGAGGUGGAACACUGUCCAACACAUUUUCUACGUUCUCAUGGCAGAGACUGGAGAUGAUCGAGUACCAGACUGGUGUCCAAUCGAGUCAGUUUUCGGGAUUUUCUUCAGCCUCUACCGCCUCUUUUGAUUCUUCCUAUCCACAUUCACUCACCAUUAUCUGUAAACCUGGGAUUACCUCUUUCACUGUUGCUGCCAAUGCAUUUUCUCAGUUUCCCACUCUUCAGGUGUUAGAGUUUCAGGAGUGUCCGAUCACGUCAAUUCCUGCAAACGCCUUCCCCAAUCACUUCUUGGAUCAUUUAAUUUUCACUGGCGGGAAAAUAGACUCUAUUGAUGCUAAUGCUUUUAGUGGUCUUAACAUAAGCAGACUCUCUAUUCCUGGGGCUGUUGGUGGUAUAACUAUCAACAGUGCUCUCACCGCAGGCCUUCCAGAAACAGUAUUCGAUAGCCUUACGUCCAUGGAAUCUCUAGCCGUUAAUGGCGCUAAUUUGAACACCAUCACUGUCGGCCACAUUGGAAGUCUGGCUAACCUCAAAUAUUUGAGUCUAAAAGACAACCUGAUUACUAACAUAACUACCGGCAUCUUUACCAAUAUGAAGAGUCUGUCUUAUGUGGAUCUAGCGAAUAACAAGUUUACCUGUACGUGUAGCGAUCUGUGGUUCCUCCAAUACACAGCUGAGAACCACAUCAAUCUGCUGGGAGGGCCUCUGUGUGGAACCCCCGCCUCUCACGACACAAAGAGGGUGACGGUGUACUACUCAGAGAUCUGUGCUACUGAGGACGUGUGUGGUGAUACAGUUGGACUGGCUAUGGGUAGUAGCUGUAUGCCACUAUACCAACUGAUGAGCUUCAUCUUGCUUUUAAUCAUCCUCGUCCUCUCCUGCUUGGCACUUGGCUGUAUCUGUAAGACUCGGAAAGAACUCACAAGGGUACAGAGAAGAAUGAAGAACAAACGGGCCAGCUCUUGGAAUAGGGUACAGGAAGCUAUGAAACAACGGAGCGGAGCAAAACAAAAACCUCCAGUCGGCAAAAACGGAUGGAUCUAA